UCGAUUGCAAUGAUAGACUCCCUCUUCACUUCUCUUCAGUCAACUGUGUGGUGUAGAGCCGAUCGAGCUGUGGAAGCGGAGCCAUGGAAUCGGCGGCGAGCGCCUUCCUGAGGAGCGUGAUGGGGAAGCUGUUCCAGGUGCUGGAGAAGGAGUACAACAAGCAGAAGGGCCUCCGGCAGGACACCCUCUCCAUCCAGCAGGACGUCCGCAUGAUCGCCGCCGCCAUGGACGACCGCCUCCACGCCCUGCGCAGGGGCGAGCAACGCACCGCCGUUGCCAGGAUCUACAGCGAGGAGAUGCUUGGCCUGGUGCACGACGCCCAGGACUGCAUCGACCGCAUCGUCCACCGCCUCACCUGCAGGCCCCGCGUUGGCGGCGGCGGAGGCGGAGGAGGAGCGGCGCUGAUCCGCCGGGUCGCCGCCGUCGCCCACGAGCUGAGGAAGGUCCAGAGUCGCUCGGGCUUCGCCGACGAGAUCCGCCAGCUCAAGGCCCGCCUCAAGCUGGCGCACGAGCGCGUCCUCGGCAUCCCCAUCCCCCCCGCCGCCGCCAGCUGCUGCCACGAGUUCGCGGCGGCGGCGCCGUCGUGUCGUUUCGCGCGCAACCCGGUGGGCAUCGGGAGGCCCGUGGAGGAUCUCCUGUCGAUGCUGGAUGAGGUGGAGGGCGAGAAGGAGCAGCUGAGGGUGAUCUCCGUGGUGGGGUUCGGCGGCUUGGGGAAGACCACCCUCGCGAGGGCUGUGUACGAGGACCCUCACGCCGUGGAGAAAUUCCAUUGCCGUGCUUGGGUUGCCGCCGGUCGGUGGUCGCCAGAGGUCACCGGCCACGGGGUCGGUGAGAUCCUACGCGAUGUACUCCAGCAAGUUCGCCCCAAAGACGCCAUGGACGUUGUUGCUGAUAAUGGCCAACGUAUUGAAGCCUUGCUCAAGGAAUACCUCAAGGAUAAGAGGUAUUUAAUUGUCAUAGAUGACAUGGGGAUGGAGCAAUGGAGCACUAUAAAUUCCAUCUUUGAAAACAAUGGCAAAAGCAGCAGAAUCCUACUGACCACAACUAUUCAGUCAACAGCUAAUAUCUGCAGCCAUGGCAAUGGUUAUGUGUACCAAAUGAACACACUUGGUGAAGAGGACUCCAAGAAAAUAGCUCUUCAGGAGGUACGGUCACCUGAGCUGGAGCAGGGGUCCAUGCCGCUGCUGCAGAAAUGCGGUGGUCUUCCACUUGCUCUCGUCAGUGUCUCCGAUUUCCUGAAAUGCUCAGGUGAGCCUACGGGGGAGCGAUGCACAGAGCUAUGCCGUAACCUGGGUUCUCAUCUGAGAGAGAAGCAUGGCCAUGACAAUUUCGCAGAACUAAGAAAGGUGCUGAUGCAUAACUAUGACAGUUUGUCAGUGUAUGCUAUGACCUGCUUGCUAUAUCUUGGUGUAUUCCCUAACAAUCGUCCCCUCAAGAGGAAAGUUGUUAUCAGGAGGUGGUUAGCGGAAGGAUAUGCACGGAGUGAUUCUCUUCGCAGUGAGGAGGACAUUGCGGAUGAGACUUUCAAGGCGCUUGUCGACCGGAAUAUCAUACAGUCCAUUGGCACAAGGAAUAAUGCGCAAGUGAAGACGUGCAUGACUCAUGGCAUCAUGCACGAGUUCGUGCUGCACAAGUCCGUGUCACAGGGGUUCAUCGCGACAUCGUCUCGUGAUCAUCCAAGACCCCAUGCCUAUGUUAAUAAUGCCUGCCACCUUUCCAUCCAUGGUGGCAAUGUGACAGAUAGUGAGGCCUCUGACGAGGAUUUAUCUCGUGUUCGGUCUCUAACAGUCUUUGGAAAAGCAGGUGAUGCUAUUUCUUAUGUUCGUAAAUGCAAACUGCUACGAGUCUUGGAUCUGGAAGAAUGCAGUGAUCUGGAAGAUAGUCACCUCAAACACAUAGGCAAGCUAUGGCAUCUAAAAUAUCUAAGUGUUGGGGGCAGUAUUGCGAAGCUUCCGAGCAGCAUCGAUGGACUGCACUGCUUAGAGACCCUGGAUUUAAGGAGAACCAAGAUAAAGACAGUGCCCAUUGAGGCCAUUAUGCUGUACCACUUAGCUCAUCUGUUCGGAAAGUUUACAGUUGACAAAGAAGAUCUAAACAAUGCAAACAAGAUGAGCAAAGCAACGAAGUUCUUGUCCGGAAACAAGAGCAACCUGAAGACUUUAGCUGGAUUUGUCACAAACGAAAGGCAAGGGUUUCUUCAACUUAUGGUUCACAUGAGAAAUCUGAGAAAGGUCAAGAUAUGGUGUGGGCCAGUUGCAAAUGGAAGUAACUACACCAAUGAUCUUUCCAAGGCCAUUCAGGAGUUCACCAAGGUCCCCAUGGACAAUGUGGGUGCCCGUUCUCUAUCACUUGAUUCAGAAGAAUGUUCCGAAGACUUGCUGAGUUCGCUUGCUUUUGAGCCAUGCUCGGAGGAUUCCAAAUAUGAUGUAAGGUCACUGAAGCUACGUGGCAAGCUACUCCAGUUACCCCCGUUUGUUCCCUUGCUGUCAGGUCUCACUGAACUGUGUAUUUCAUCAGCUACUCUGACACGGGAUCUUCUAUCGUCUCUGAUCAAUUUGAGAAACUUGCUUUACCUCAAGUUGAUUGCGAAUGAGCUUGAGAGAUUUGAAAUGAAAUCAGGGGCAUUCCCAAGCCUGCGUCGUCUGUGCUUUGUAGUGCAAAGUCUCACUUCAGCUCUGCCAGCAAUCGAACAAGGAGCUCUGCCGAACCUUGUUUCACUCCAGCUGCUCUGCCCGAGUCUAGUUGGUCUUUCCGGCAUCCAAAUCAGACACCUCAGACAUCUCAAGGAAGUCAUGGUUGACUCUGGAGUGCCUGACCAAACACGACAAGACUGGGAGCAAGCAACAAAGAACCAUCCGAAUAGGCCGAGACUCAUGUUGCACAAAAGUGGUGUUCGAGUGGAAAGCGAGGGUCCGGGGAAUGAAGAAGUUUCAGCUGUGAGGGACAAGCGGAAAAUAUGUGUAGUCCAACCAAGUUUGGAUGAUGGACUGGAUUCUAGUCUCAAGAAGAUGAGACUUUCAUCAGAGUCUUCUUCGCGGCUUCAAGUGAUUGUCCAAUCAACUUCCUCAUCUGGCCACUGAGGCAGACGGCAAUGAUGAUUCAGCGAAGCAAGCUGCUGCGGUGAUGAUUCAGCUUGGAUACCCAAACCAGAGACAUGAUAAAUGACGAGCUGCUGUUGUAUUGUACGGUGUGUAGUUUUACUUCUGGCGACAAGUUUUGUCUCCUUAUUUUCUUGUCUAUAUGCUCAUGGUUUUCUAUUGUUACAAAGUUAACCAUGUUGCAAAUUGCAAGAUAAUCUUUGUUUCCAUGCCCAAUCCACCUCUUGCAACUGUAUAUUCACAUCAUGCAAGAAACAGAGCAGGGCUAAAGCUAGCACUAUGUUGGCUGUUCUUCAGAAGCUAACAAACAGCCAGUUGCUGAUUAAGCCCUAUGCCCACCACACUACCUUCAAAGCUGCGCGGCCUUGCGACAGAGCUCAUGAAUGCCUUCAUGACUUCCAUGGAGGCAUCUCUCUGGAGCAAGCACAUGGCGUACUCCAUGACUGCGGCAUCGCAGGGCAGCAUGAUCCUCCCGUCAUCGCCGCGUGAACUCCUCCUGGGACAUCCUCAGAAGCUCGCUGAAGAUCGAUGUGCCGAGGUAUGCCAGCGGCACCUCGAACCGCGCCCUGUCGGCGGUGUACACCACACAGUGGCCCUUCAUUGCCACCGACGGUGAAGUGGCGCAGCACUCGUCAUUACCUGCUCCUUUCGCCGCUGUUGUGGUCCGGGUGUAGUGGUGCUGCUUUAGCUUGUGCUUUCUGGAUGAACUGAUGAGGUGAUGGUGGUGCUAAGCUGAUGAAUUUAUACAGAUGAGGGGGGAGGAAGAGAAGGGAACGCUGCAGUUUAGGUGCAGCUAUCCUGACAGGUUGGCAAGGGACAGAGCCAUGAGCUCAAAGCAUGCAAUGCUGUAAGUGCAAGGGCAGGCAGUGUGAUCUUGAUUAGAUUUCUCUGGGGCUAUCUGUUUGCCACUUGUUGCCGGGGACGAUAUUAGCAGGUCUCUUGUCUUGGGUGUGCUUGGAGACAUCACAGUAUGCUCCCAUACUCACCUGUUUUAGUGGCAAAGAUUAGGCAUGCACGAAUUAAGGUCCAAUUCUAUUUGUGAGGUACACACUAAUAAUUAUGAGUGCUUGAUGAUUGGAUCCUAUUGAAAUGAAAUAUGUAGAGUGGCCCCUGAGAUGGAGAUAUCUAGUCUGACAGUUGGUCAUGCCGGUCAUGACAGAUUAUUGAUGAAGAACCAGAUAAGAUCUCAUCAGCGGCCCAAAACUACAUACUCCCUCCGUCCGGAAAUACUUGUCCUUGGAAUGGAUUACAAAUAACUGAUGUCUAUCAUCAAGUGCUAGACCACAUCUCAGUUGAAACUUGAGAUGACCAUCUAUAUUUUUGUCCUAUGUAGAAGCAUAGGUUUUGUAAGAAAAAUGAUGUUAAAGCGUAGGGGCAAUUCAGAACUGCUGUCGACGUGU